UUAUCUUUAUUAUCUAUGCAGACGACAGGCAUCAGUUUUCAAGUUCAAUUUUUAAAUAAUUUGAAUUGUUUUAAUAUAUUUUGACCAACUUUCCGUUUAUAGUACUUGAGUUUAAUAUGUCAGAAUUAUCGAUGGAGACCAAUGAUAAUGUAACAUGUUUUUUGGUAUCUGAUGAAAAUCCAGAAAUAAAAUUUAUACUACUGGACAGUGAACCUUUAAUAUUGGGUAGAACAAAACAGACUGGAAUAGUCGAUCAAAGAAUGUCAAAAAAUCAAAUGAAAUUUGUAGCUGACUAUUCUACGGCUCGAGUAUUGGUUGAACAAUUAGGUAGCAACAAGUCAGCUGUUAAUGAUGAAUCUAUGAUAAAGGGAGAAAAGAGACUAUUGAUCCACGGAGACAAAGUGGCAUUGUUGUUUAAAAGCAAUUAUACAUAUCAUUUAGAUUUUGUAACACCUCCUACUUAUGGCGUAGAAUCCAAAAAAAAGGACACCAAUUGUUUAGAUAAAGAAAUGUCACAUAAAAAAUCACGCUCAGAUUCUACACCUCAAUGGGAAUGUAAAAAUAGUUCGAUAAUGGUGUAUAAUAGUUCAAAUAUUUUUCAUAAAGAUAAAAUAGCAGCAUUUGAUUUGGAUGGAACACUUAUUGUAACCAGGUCUGGUAAAGUUUUCCCCGUUGAUGAGAAUGAUUGGCAAAUUCAUAACUCUGAAGUUGUUACAUCUAUUAAUAAAUUGUCAAAUGACGGUUACAAAAUAGUGAUAUUUACUAAUCAAGGAGGUAUUUCAAAGCUUAAAGUAAAUUUUGUAACAUUUAAAAUUAAAAUUGAAAAUAUCUGCGAAGUACUCAAAGUACCCGUUCAAGUAUUUAUAGCCACAGAAAAAGAUAUAAACAGAAAACCUGCACCAGGAAUGUGGAAUAUUUUGGUCUCUGAUUACAAUGGAGACGUAUCAGUUAACAUAGAUAAAAGUUUUUUUUGUGGUGAUGCAGCAGGCCGACCUGCUCGUUUUACAUCUGAUGGAAAACAAAUUAAAAAAGACCAUUCAUGUUGUGACCGCUUAUUUGCCAUGAAUAUUGGACUCAAAUUUUAUACCCCUGAAGAAUACUUUUUAAAAGAACCUACUGAUGAAUUGUAUACAUUACCAGAAUUUAAUCCAAAUGACAUUAUGGCCAAUAUCCUCUUUACAGAUUUAACAUCCAAAUUUUUGUUUUCUCCUAAUCAAGAAAUGAUCAUAAUGGUUGGCUGUCCUGGUUCAGGGAAAAGUUAUUUUGCAUCAAAUAAUUUAUUGUGUCAUGAUCGUAAUAUGAAAAUAAUUAACAGAGAUACACUGGGAUCAUGGCAAAAAUGUGUUGCUGAAGCUAAAAAAUACUUAAGUUGUAAUAAUUAUAGUGUAGUGAUUGACAAUACAAAUCCUGAUAUAGACUCAAGAAAACGCUUCAUUGAUUUAGCUAAAAGCUUAAAAAUACCAUGUCGAGCAUUUUUAAUGAAUGUAUCCAAAGAUCAUGGAAAACAUAACAAUAAAUUUCGAGAAUUUACUGAUAAAAAACACCCAUUAGUAUCAGAUGCCGCAAUUAAUUUUUACUUUUCAAAAUUCCAAGAACCAUCCAAAAGUGAAGGUAUUGACGAAAUAGUUAAAAUAAAUUUUGUUCCUCAUUUUAAAGAUCCUGAUCAUGAGAAACUAUACAAAAUGUUCUUACUUUAAUAUAAGUAAUUUUUAAAU